UGACAUAACCUUCAACAAAGAAAGUUUAACCUUACUUAAUUUUGUAUCAUGUAGUGCAUUACUACAUUAUACUUUUAAUUUCCUGAUUUGACAAAGAAGUAUUCACUACUGAAUCAACUUAGUACAACCAGUAACUUUCGAACUUCUUGAGAGUUAAAUUUUAUUUCAUAAUAUUACACAGAUUUGUCCUCAACAGUAGUAAUUAAUCAUGGAUCAAGAAAAUUUUGACUUCGAGCUUCCUGAAGACCUUCAAGAUGUAGAGAUAAUUUAUUGCGAUAACGAAGAAGAAUUUGAUGAAGCAGGAGAUGUUGAAGGCGAGUAUGAAGAAGUUGAAGAUUUAUCUAUUUACACAUUUGCAAAGCACGAAAAGAGUGUUUUUGCUAUUGCUGUCAGUCCAGAUGAUAAAUAUAUAGUUACGGGAAGUGAAGAUGACAUGGCUUAUGUUUGGGAUGUGGAAACAAAGGAAAUCUUGAUAACAUGUAGUGGACAUAAUGAUUCGGUCACUCAAGUAGGUUUCAAUCAUAAUGGAAAAUAUGUGUCGACUGCUGAUAUGAGCGGAAUGAUUCAAGUAUGGAAUAUGGAGGACAGAAAUUUGGUUUGGGGCAAUGAAAUGGAAGAUUUAGAAUGGCUUCAAUGGCAUCCUGUAGCUAAUGUACUUAUUGGUGGAUAUAAUUCUGGAUUAAUUCACAUUUGGCAGGUUCCUGGUGGAAAUUUCAAGACACUUCCUUCUCAUGGUCAGAUUUCAUCAUGUGGCAAAAUAUUACCAGAUGGUGUAAGAUUAGUUGCAGGUUAUGGUGAUGGUCAAGUAAAAUUAUGGGAUAUGAAGACAACAAGUCUUUUAUGGAAAAUAACUGUCAGUAAUGAUGCUAUAACAGCUUUGGACCUAAAUUCAGACGGAACACUUCUUGGAAUCGCUCCCGUAUCCCAACUUGUACUUACUUCUGAUGGUCGUGGUGUUGUGAAUUUGAAGUCUGAUGAUAAAAAUGAUGUGGAAGGUAUAUUAAUCAGUUCUGAACUUGGGGUCAUUGUCACUGGCUCAAUUUCUGGAGAAAUAUGUUUGUGGAAUCUUGCCAAGCAUAUUUUGAGGCACAAAAUAAAUAUUGGUUGUGCAGUUACAGUUAUUAAACUAGGACGAAAUGGUAACAUAUUCAUAGGAGCUACAGGUGGUUCUAUAUAUGAAUGCGAUGUUGUGAGUGGAACGAUAACAAAAGUUCUAACUGGACAUGUUGAUGAUAUUCUUGAUAUCGCUGUUCCAAAGUCAGGAAAUAAAAUUAUUUCUGCAUCUGAUGAUGGAUCUGUGAAAAUUUUUAACAUUUGAUUUCAAUCAGGAGAAUUGAAGAGAAAGAUAUGUAAAUUAUGAUAUUCAGUAAGAAAUGUAACAACCUACAUUAUAUUCAAGUUUUUCCCAUGUGGAUUAUGUUGAAUUAAUUAAAUCCAAUUUUUAUGAUAUUGUUCAAAAUUUCAUUAAUAAUUUCAUAAAAUGUACAAAGUUAUUGUUUUGCGAAAUUCGAAAAUUUUAAUGAUCUUAUUUUAUUGAACUGAUAUGAAUUAUUCUAAUAACAGUAAGUUGUUGGAAGUAGCUACUUCAAAAUAUAAAAUUUAUAUGAUUCAAAUCAAGUUUAAUUAAUUCAUCAACAUUGUAUAAAUGAAUUAUAUUGUAAUAAAAAAAAAUUAUAAUUAAAAAGAAACGUUUCACUGUGAUAACACAUUCAAAUGAAAAUAAAACAUUUUGAG